UAGCUAACUCCCAUCCGCCCCUAAUACACUGACAGCUAAAAUGGCGGCAGAAAACGGCACAGAACCUAACGAUGAAAAGGAAAUCCUCAUCAAGGAGGACGCAUUUCAGGAGAUUAAGGAUCUGAGUGGAGCUGUAACAGAAUGCCCAAAGCUCCAACAGUCCAAACUGACCCUCUAUCACUGGACGCAGUCUUUCAGUUCGCAAAAGGUACGCCUGGCCGUAGCGGAGAAGGGCCUGCGAUGUGAGGAGUACGAUGUGAGUCUGCCCCUGAGUGAGCACAACGAGCCCUGGUUCAUGCACCUGAACCCCGCAGGGGAGGUGCCCGUCCUCGCCCACAACGACAACGUCAUCUGUGACCCUGUCCAGAUCAUGGACUACCUGGAGCAGAACUUCAGAGAUGAAGGCACUCCCAAGCUGAUCCCAGAGGAAGGUAGUAUGUACUACCACAGAGUCCAGCACUACAGAGAGCUCCUGGACUCCCUGCAGAUGGACGCUUACACGCACGGCUGCAUCCUCCACCCAGAGAUCACCGUGGACUCCCACAUCCCGGCCUAUGCCAGCACACGCAUACGCACGCAAAUAGGAAACACUGAAUCGGAGUUGAAGAAACUGGCGGAGGAGAACCCGGAUCUAAAAGAUGCUUACAUAGCGAAACAGAGGCGCUUGAAACACAAACUGUUUGACCAUGACAACAUGAAGUACCUGAAGAAACUUAUGGAUGAGCUGGAGAAUGUGAUGGACCAGGUGGAGACUGAGUUGCAGAGGAGGGUGGAGGAGACUCCAGAGGAAGGCGGGCAGGCCUGGUUGUGUGGAGACUUCUUCAGCAUGGCGGAUGUCUCCCUGGCCGUCACUCUCCACCGCCUCAAGUUCCUGGGCCUCUCACGCCGUUACUGGGGCAACGGCAAACGUGUCAACGUGGAGACCUAUUACGAGCGUGUGCUGGACCGGCCGGCUUUCCGAAGGGUUUUAGGUCACGUCAACAACAUCCUGAUCUCAGCGGUCCUGCCGGUGGCGUUCCGCUUGGCCCGGAAAAGGGCGCCAGUGCUGAUUGGCUCCACGCUGGUGAUAGGAAUCCUGGGAGGAGCCGCCUACCUGGCGUUCCUCUACAUGAAGAAGAGGCUGAUGCUCAGCUGAGACAGCAGAGAGAAAAGGGCCAUGUUCCUCAGAUGGGAUGGGGGUCCACACCAUGUGAGAGAGAGAAGCAGAAAAAUUAAAGAGUGUAAAGAAAAUAUGCAUAUAUAUACGGUACUGUAUACAGUAUAUACAAAUGUAUAAAUGGAGAGCGAGGGGGGGAUAACCUUGAGCCAUGUUGCUUUAUAAGACACACAGCUACAAUAGUCAAAUCUGUACAAUGCAGUAACAUUAGUCUAUGCGUUUUAUCGUUUAUACAAAACUAAAGGGAGAUACAUUCCACAUGCCGUGGACGAUUAUCUCUGCGCUGUUGCUGAUUGCAUAAAAAAGCACUUUUAGUCAUUCACAUACAUAAGAACUGUGUUGUGUACGAAGCCAGAUAAGUUAAGAGUCAUCCUUUUAUACUGUGUUCACCUCACCAGCUGCUUUCUGUCAGAUCAUGUAUGGGAAUCUUACAAACCAAAACAGCUUACUUUUAUGACCAAAUACAGUACUUAUAAAACGCUAAAAUACCUGGUGGUGUGAAAAUGCAACAUAUUGCUUAGACCAGCAAUCUGCUAUCAGCAAUUCUGAAAGAUGCAUGUUCGUGUUUUUUUGACUGUUUAUCAAAACAUGAUCUGAACAUGAUUUAAACUGAGUGGAACAUUCAUUGUUAUACUUCAUAAGGGGGAAACUUACACAUGCUGUUUGAUACAUCAAAUCAGUACUCCAUGGCAAAACCAGAAUAUUAUUUUAUGCUGUUUUUAGCUUUAUAUAAUGUCUUAAAACCUCAUAUAAAUACAUUCAACACUGCUAAUCAUGGUUGGGCAUGGGUCUAUAUCCACCCAUGCCCAGGUUCCCCAGUGACUUCACAUGGCCAGAUGACAAGCUACAGUAUUACUCAGCUCAAACACACACACACACACACACACACGCACGCACACACACACACACACCCAUGGUCAUUAUACACUGAGUAUGCUUCCCACCUUGUGUCACGUCCUCAGUCACACAUAGGAGUGUGAAUACAGGAGGGAGCCACUAAAAUAAUAAACAAGAAGAGAUACUUUGUUUGACUGACAUUAGGCUAUGAACACCCCAAGCCAAUCCCAAUAUUUGUAAAAGACUUAAGUAUUCUGCCGAGGUCGUUUCAAGACGUGAUAACUUA